AUGCCGACGACGGACUGGUUCCAGAAGCGCUGGGUCUUCUUCUGGAACUCGGAGAGCGACCGCAUCGGCGCGCCGUACCUGAGUCACUACGCGAUCGAGAAGGGCCGGCGGUGCCCGUGGUACCUGAAGCCCUGGAGCCAGCCCCUGAUGGAGAUCCGGUCCUACUACGGCGAGAAGAUCGCGCUGUACUUCGCCUGGCUCUCCUUCUACGGCUACAUGCUCAUGAUGCCGGCCAUCGCGGGUUUAUUAGCUUUACUCUACACGUCGGCGUUCGACGUCGACGACGAGGCCAAGGGCAUCCACUACGACCAGUUCCUCAUGGCCGUGUUCCUCGUGGUCUGGAGCGCCUACUACAAGGAGCAGUGGGACAUCGAGUCCCAGUACUGCGCCGUCAAGUGGGGCACGCUCAACUUCGAGGAGGAGGAGGCGGACCGGCCGCAGUUCGUCAUGUCCUACUUGUACGGCAUCCAGGCGGAGAUCAUGAACAACCACGAGAACUACCAGACGCAGACCGCCUACGAGAAUAAUCUGAUCACCAAAAAGUUCUGCUUCGAGAUCUUCAACAACUACUCGGCGCUGGCCAUCACGGCCUUCUUCAAGGGCGUCUACUUCGAGUGCACGGACGACGACUGCCUGGGCGACCUGUACUCGCUGCUCGUGUCGAUCAUGGGCACGCGCUACGCGCUCAACAUCCUGAGCGCGUUCUCGACGCGCAUCAAGCGCGCCAUCGAGUACUUCAUGCCGCCGACCAUCGAGGACGACGAUUCCGACGACGAGGAGGACGAGGAGAACGGCAAGGAGGAGAAGGCCGCGGAGGCGCCGCGCUUCGAGGCGGAGCUCAAGUUGGACGACUUCGAGUCGACGUUCGACGACUUCGCGGAGAUCGUGCUGCAGAUGGGCCUCGUGACCAUGUUCACGCUGGGCUGGUACCUCGUGCCGCUGCUGGGCGCGGGCGAGAUCCUGCUGCAGAUCCGCGUCGACGCGUUCAAGAUGACGUCGCAGGUGAAGCGGCCGGACCCCAUGCCCGCGGAGACCGUGGGCUCCUGGGGCAUGCUCAUGGAGUCCAUGGGGCUGUUAGCCGUGUAUUGCAACUCGGCCAUCAUCGUCUUCACGACGCACAGCCUC